AUGAUCGCGCGAAAACCCAUCUCCUCUCCCGCCGCACCUUCCCUCCUCUUCUCUUCUCUUUAUUUUCAUCUCUCCCUCACUGCUCCAUCUCCCUCUUUCACCUCUAUUACUCUCUCUCGCGGCGAUGCAGCCUCAGCUCAGGCAGCCGUUGCCGCACAUUUCUCCCUCCGCCGCAACGCGAAGAAGAAUCGCGGGAGCUACAACUGCGGACGCUGUGGCCUACCGAAGAAGGGCCAUGUCUGCCAAGUCGCUCCCGAUGCACCCACCACACCGAUCGCGAGGGAUCCGUUGAGCUGCAUCGCCGCCGCAUCUUCCUCGCGCUCCACCAUCCGCUCGUUGCCGCCGCCGCCGCCGCGCCAGGGGUACUCGCACCUCCGCCGCGCGCUGUCUUUCGACGACGUUGAAGCGUGUGACUCGCCGGACGAGUCCGAUCUCGCCGCGGCGAUGGAUCCGGAUCUAGAUCUGCAUUUGGAUACUGAUACAGUUCAACCGGGCGUGCCAGCCAUGUGUUUGUGGGAGGUGCUCAGGCGGUUGCCGCCGUCGGGGUUGAUGAUGGCGGCGAGGGUUUGCAAGGGUUGGAGGGAGACCACGAGGAGGAUGUGGAAGGCGGCGGAAGAGCUCCGGAUUAGGGUUCCAGUGAGAGCUCAGGUCGGAUUCAUUGGGUCAUUAUUACAAAAAUGCCCCGGACUUGUUAAGCUUUCUCUGACAAUGGAAAGUGAUCUUGAUGCAACCACAUUGGCUUGCAUUGCUUUUUCCUGUCCUAACCUCGAGACUUUGGAGAUUUCAAUGUCGGGGUCAGCUGCCAAUAGGAUUACUGGGGAAGAGCUAGGUCGUUUUGUCGCUGAUAAACGUUGUUUCACAAGCCUAAAGAUGGAAGGAUGUUCCAAUUUAGGGGGGUUUGUCCUUUGUUCAUCAAGCCUCACUGCUCUUUGGCUCUCAGACCUUCAUUCUCUCUCGAGGAUGGUGUUUAACUGUCCGAAUCUUAGGGAGAUAUCGCUUGAAUUUUCUCGCCAAGAAGAUAGCACAACUGAUCUUGUAACAAUAGCUGAUGGUUUGGGAAGGACUUGUUCUCGAUUGCGAAACAUUCACAUUGCAUCGCUGAAGCUUUCCCAUGCUGUUGUCCUAGCUCUUACAGAUGCUAAUUUAAGAGAAUUGAGAAUGCUUUCCUUAGUUCUUGGGGUAGAAAUCAAUGAUGCAUCUGUGGCCGCCAUUUCCUCAACUUACACAAACCUAGAAUUGCUUGACCUGAGUGGUUCCAGCAUCACUGACAGUGGCAUUGGAAUGAUCUGCAAUGUGUUCCCUGAUACACUCUCAAAAUUACUCCUUGCUCUUUGUCCCAACAUAACUUCAAGUGGCAUUCAAUUUGCUACUGCUCAGCUGCCCCUUCUGAAGUUGAUGGACUGUGGUAUGACUAUAUCUGAUUCCAGUUCAGAAAGUCCGAGCUCAGCAGAGAACAGCCCUAGUCCGGGGAAACGAUUCAGCAACAAGCAACAAUACCUUGUUUAUCAGAAGAUGUAUAUCAAACAUAAUCAGCUGAAGAAGCUCAGCUUAUGGGGUUGCUCUAGCUUGGAUGUUUUGUUUCUGAACUGCCCCGAACUCGAGGACUUAAAUUUGAACUUGUGCAACAACCUGAAUCCGGAGUCAUUAACGCUCCAAUGCCCCAAGUUAGAAUCCGUGCAUGCAUCUGGAUGUGAAGACAUACUGAUUAGGGCCAUACAGAAUCAGGUUAUGGAAAGUUCAGCAGUGGCUGAGAACCGUCUUUCGCACAAACGGUUAGCUGAUGGAUCCAAGAGGGUUCAGGCUCCACAAUUGUUAUCCCAACAGAAAAUCGAAACAUGGAAGCGGAGAUUGAGGCUCUUGUCUGUGCAGGCAGAGGAGGGUGAUAGAGGGAAGCGCAGGAGGUUGGAGAAACCUCCAUGUAAUGUAAUAGUCGACUGAUGAUGGUGAUGAUGACACAUUCUUAUUCAUGUUAUAUAUACUGUAAAUCUGAUAUGAAAUCGGAUCCCGUUAACUUUGUAUUUCUGUUCCGCUGCUCUUGAAUAAGUUUAUGAUAAACAUCAUGUAUCGAAAGCAACAUUGUAGAACGGCCUUUGCCCUAUUGAAUUUUUGUUGUUUUCAAUCAUGUAUA